CGUGAGUGCUAACACUAGCAGCAAGCUAACAGUGUCGCACACCUUUGACGUUUCAAACGUCUGUCUGAUCAGCGGCGUUGCGACAGAGACGGAGAAUUCGAACGACAUGAAUGUAGAAAAUAAUCAUACGGCAGAAACUAAGAGGGAGCAAACGACGAACGGCAACGAGACGAUCACCAUUCAGACAACCCUGGGAGAUGAAGAUGAAGAUGUGCACAAGUGCGGACGCUGUCAGUCCGAGUUUUCGACGCUGGAGGCGUUCAUCCAGCACAAGCUGCAACACAUCUGCAAACGUGUGGAGGAACAGGAGGCCAGUCAAGAGGUUACCAAUGGAAGUUCUUCUGAGAUGAAAACAGCUGAAGUUGCAUCUUCGGAUGAUCCCUUGAAGACUAAUCCUGACACAUUGGGUCGAGGUCGCAGGAACAAAACUGUUUCCCUCAAAGUCACCGACCACUCGGAUGGGACGGAAGGAUCCUUAUCUGACAAUGCUGACAGUGAAAACAAGGCUGUUUACAAAGUCUCCGAAGAAGGACGCUAUAUUUGCCAACUUUGUGACAAGACAUUUAAAACCACCAACAUCUUGAGGACUCACAUGAAAACUCACAGUGACCAGAAGAACUUUUCAUGUGACCUAUGUGGGACCUCCUUUCGCACAAAAGGCUCCUUGAUUCGUCACAACCGCCGUCACACUGAUGAGCGGCCUUAUCGUUGUACCCUAUGCGGUCAGUCGUUCAGAGAGUCCGGUGCCCUUACCAGACACCUUAAGGCCCUCACACCAUGCACGGAAAAGAUCCGCUUUGUUCAGUACAAGGAGAUCUUGGUCAGCAAAGAUGGAGUACAGAAAGGGGUCGUAGAUGAUCUCGUUGCAACGGCAGCUCAGCAGCAUCAGGUAGUGGUUGUGAAAGAGUCGGAGGAGCGGGAGAUGGUUGAAGCUCAGACUGCUGUCGUCAGUGUGGUGGAGGCUGGUUCCCAAGAGGUUCUCCAUCAGGUUCACUUCACAAUGGAGGUGAAUGGAACCACACAGGAGCAACAGGUAGUAGUAGAGCAGUCUCAGGCUGAAGCUCUGGCUGCUGCUGCUGCAGCAGGCGACAACCUCAUCUGCCAGGCAAUUAUCAAUUCUGGCAUCGCACUAGCGCCAGGAGAAGCCGUAGUUGAGGAGACCUCACAGCCACCCGAGGAAAUAGAUAAAGUGGUUUCUGACUGUCCUGAUGCUGAGGAGGAGGAGGAGGAGGAAAACGAAGAAGAAGAAGAAGAGGAUGAUGAUGACGGCGGCGGAGGUAUCACUGAGAUCCAGGUGAAAGAAGAGUUUGUGGAGAUGGAGACAGAGGACGCAGGUGAUAGAGUCAGUCAAACAUCCUUUAAAUUAUACACAUGUCCACACUGUAAUCGCUCCUUCAAGGGACUGAAUUACUUCCGCUUUCAUGUCAAGGGCCACUCGGGUUACAAGCCCUUCAGGUGCACACUAUGUCAUAAGGAAUUCCUGACUGGUUACCUGCUGAAGAAACACAUGGAAGUCCACCUCAGUGAGAGGAGGUACAAGUGCGGGGAGUGUGGCAAGCUGUACAAAACCAUCGGGCACGUACGAGAGCACAUGAGGGCGCACUCGGAUGAGAGACCCUACCGCUGUGCCAGAUGCAACAAGGGAUAUAAGACCAAAAACGCCUUGCAGGUGCAUCAGCGGACCCACGGCGAUGAUAAACCUUAUGUGUGUCAGUUCUGCUUGAGAGGCUUCAGGGAGAAAGGUUCUCUGGUGCGACACAUCCGCCACCACACGGGAGAGAAGCCUUUCAAAUGCCCAAAGUGUGCCCGAGGCUUUGCUGAGCACGGGACACUCAAUCGGCACAUGCGCGCGAAAGGAGGUUGCCAGAAGGACGACCUCUGUGAUCAGCUGGACGUGGAAACGGAGGAGAAAGAGUCUGCAGACAGCCUCGCUACUGCCGCCAUCAUGUCGGAGGACCCUCACGCUGUCCUGGUGGAGUUCUCCUCAGUGGUGGCAGACACACAGGAAUACAUCAUCAAGACUCAAACUGAGGGGGAGAUGAAGGAAGAAGAGGUUACAUUCAUUCAAGACAGCCAAAAUGAGAUGGGAAACCAUAUCAUGAAAGUGGUGCAGCAAAUUGUCAGCCAGUCACACGGUGCCGGCGGCACAGGCAGCCACCAGAUCAUCGUGCGCAAUAUGGCGAUGAACGAGCAGAGCGCAUCCAUCUCUGACUGUGGUGACACAAUCACCAUCGCCACACCCGAGAGCCUUACGGAGCAGGUGGCCAUGACGCUGGCCUCCGCCAUCAGUGACGGCACGCUACUGGCCACAGCGGGCACCGUGGAGACGGCGGACGGGACAGUUGCUAUGGUUACCACGGAGGAAGCAGGGGAGGAGGCGAUGCAGAUGGUGCAAGAGGAAUACGUCAUUACGUCCCCAGAGGAGGUGGAGAUUCAGACUGUUAUUUUAUGAUUCAUGAGGAUGCUAACUAUGAACUGAUGAAUUUUUGCUGGACGGAACUUGUGUAGCUGAUUACUGUAGAGUUUAUAUGAGCCUCGUCUGCGAUUGGAUUAUGAAACAAAGGUUUAUAGUUCCAGAAAUAGACAUGCAUUUCUGUGUGGAACACAAGACUGCAUGAGGACUAGUUCUAUCAGUAAUCUCAUUUUGAUUGACUUACUAAAAUGAAGCACUGCAUUAUUCACAGUAUUCUUGCUAAUCUCAGAAUGUUUAGGCAUGUACAGUUAAAAGAUAGGGUUGGUAAUCCUGAACUAUCAAGAGCAUGUUUUUCAAAGCUGAAACCGUAUUACCAGCCCAGUAUUUCUAACUUGGUUCUGAUGUAGCUCCAAAAGUCCCUGAAUGGAGAGAGUGAUCGUUUCUUUAGGCCUCCUUCCAAAGCCACACUCCCAAAAUGAUCACAUAAACAACAAACAAUUGGUAUCCAUAGCUCUAAAGCUAGCAGUUUGAGGAAGGCCAAAUGAAUGAAUGAAUGAUUGGAUUGGAGGAUUAAUCAUGCAAAAGACACCAGAGCAUUUGAUUUGAAGAAUUUGUAGAAAUUAUUUCCACAUAUAUAACAAAAAGAUUACCAUGCUAACUUUAAACUGACCUAACAAUGACGUACAUCUCCAUAAGCUGGUACAAACUCAACAUAAUCGAUCAUGGUAGUCGGGUCUCUGUUCUCUUUUGCGGUCAAAAGCUAAGCCCCAUCUUACGGCAUCAUUCCCUUGUGCUUUCCCCUCUCUGCUGCUCUACGGUAACGUUUUGGAAGUCAUUGUCAAAUUGAAAUGAGACACCCUUUAAAGACCGACUAAUCCAAAGCUGCGCGCUCGUGCCUGCCUGUGUGAGGCCCUCCAAGGAGACUAUGAACCGUCGUACAGGGCUUGGUCAUAAUGCAUAAUGCAAUGCAUAACGCGUGAAGGACACACCAGACGUUAAGAUGUGGUCAGUUUACUUAAGCAGAGUUUACACCAAAUAAAUGCUAUUUUGUUAUA